AUGAACAUUCAAUCAGGAAAAGGUGUGCGAAGAAGCCGACGCGAAUUGUUCGGAGAGGAUGGUCACAGUGAUCACGAGGAAAACAACGUUUCUGUGAUUUCUGAGCAACACGAGGUUACCCCACGUGAAGAAGUACCACAACCAAAACAAGAUGAGCAUCAACCGAGCCAACAACAACAACAACAACAACAUCCAAGAAAGAAAUCAAAGUAUAAUCAGCAUAAAUCUAGGGAUCAAUACGAGUACGCACUUCCUGAAGAACAAUCAAAGAAAUCAUUACUCCGUCAAAACAAACAAACACAAAACACAUCAUGGGAAGUUGAACAAUUCAAUAGAGCCAGUCAACUUCCACUUGCCAACGAAGACAAAGUAACCGAGAAUGCCAACGAUUACGAAUUUGUGUUUGAUGAAUCUCAGUUUGUCACUUAUGAUGAAGCAGAUAUACUACCUGGUGAUGAAGACGACCAGGUAGCAAGUCCAUCUUCUGCAAGCGAUGAAAUGGCUGAAUUAAGAAAGAAUCUUCCAGUAUAUGCCUAUCGUCAAGAUUUCCUCAACACACUUGAAACCAAUCAAGUUCUUAUUGUUGUUGGUGAGACUGGGUCAGGUAAAACUACUCAACUUCCUCAAUACCUUUAUGAAGCUGGUUACUCCAAGAACAAUCUUGCUAUAGCGUGUACGCAACCAAGACGAGUAGCGGCAACAUCUAUUGCCACCAGAGUAGCAUAUGAAAUGAAUGUGAAACUAGGCCAAGAAGUAGGGUAUACUAUUAGAUUCGACGAUAAAUCAUCCAAGGAUACCGUGAUCAAAUACGUCACUGAUGGUAUGUUGCUUCGUGAAUUCCUCACCGACCCACAAUUGUCCCACUACAGUGCAAUCAUGAUUGAUGAAGCCCAUGAACGUACUAUUUCCACGGAAAUUCUCCUUGGUUUACUCAAAGAUAUAACCGUGACUCGACCACAAUUGAAGAUUAUAAUUGCUAGUGCCACUAUUAACGCCGAGAAGUUCUCGCUGUUUUUCAAUAAUGCUCCCAUUUUGAAUAUCCCCGGAAGGAGAUUCCCCGUGAAAAUUCAUUAUACUAAACUGCCUGAGGCAAACUAUAUUCAGGCAGCAUUAACUACGAUUUUCCAGAUUCAUACCACACAAGAACUGGGUGACAUACUUGUGUUUCUUACCGGUCAGGAGGAAAUCGAAACUAUGGAAGAAGCACUCAAUGAUUCGAUUGAUAAACUUGGAGAUCAGAUUGAACCCAUGAUGGUAUGUAGCAUUUAUGCCAACAUGGCCUCAGAAGUUCAAUCCAAAAUAUUUGAUCCACCACCUCAAGGCACCAGGAAGGUCGUACUCGCGACAAACAUCGCCGAAACAUCCAUCACCAUCGAUGGAAUCAAGUAUGUUAUCGAUCCAGGGUAUGUGAAACAAAACAAGUAUAACCCAGGAACAGGUAUGGAGAGUUUAGUAAUUGUGCCAUGUUCGCGCGCCAGUGCCGAUCAAAGAGCAGGGAGAGCCGGGAGAAUUGGGCCAGGCAAGUGUUUUAGAUUGUUUACGAAAUGGUGUUUUUAUAAUGAAUUGGAAGCCAAUCCGGUUCCGGAAAUCUUGCGGACUAAUUUGACGUCGGUGAUUCUCUUGUUAUUGUCACUCGGCAUUAACGAUUUAUUGAAGUUUGAAUUCAUGGAUCCUCCUUCCAAACAAUCAAUUAUCAAAGCAUUGGAGUUGUUGUAUGCUUUAGGUGCAUUGAAUUCCCAGGGGAAGUUGACCAAGACUGGUCAAAAAAUGACCGAGUUCCCACUUGAUCCCAUCUUAACUAAAUGUAUUUUAAUGUCGUCGAAAUUCGGAGUCACGAUCCAGACAUGCGCUAUAAUCGCCAUGAUCAGUGAAUCGACAAACCUAUUCUAUAGACCCAAAGGGAAAGCAGAAUUGGCCGAUGCUAGAAAAGCCCAGUUUCAUCAUGAUCUAGGUGAUCAUUUCACGCUACUUAAUAUCUGGCGGGCAUGGAAAGAUUAUGGCUAUUCCAAAGAGUGGUGUCGUGAUUGUUUUAUAAACUACAAGACAUUACAACGAGCCAAGAAUGUGUAUGCACAAUUAAUCAGACUUUGUAGCAAAAUAGGUGGAGCAGAAAUGUUACAGGAGAACAAAGAGGACGAAGAUCGAAUGAUUCAAAAGGCACUUAUCAGUGGGUUCUUUAUGAAUGUAUGUCGAUUAAGCCGUAUGGGUGAUGGCUAUGAAAGAUUAAAAGGAUCAACUGGUGGAUGUUUCAUUCAUCCUAGCCUGGCAUUGUACAAGACCAAACCAAAGUUGGUAAUUUACUAUGAAUUGGUGUUGACUAGUAAAGAGUAUAUGAGAUGUUGUAGUGUCGUUGAUGACAAGUUGGUUAAAGAAAUGGCGGGACAUUACUAUGUAAACAAAUAG